AUGGGGAGAAGUAAUGCUACCUCAACAGUGACAGAUUUCAUUCUACUGGGACUCUUUCCAGAGUUUGGAUAUCCGGGCUUACUUCUCUCCAUCGCCCUGCUGACCUACAUCGUCGCCCUCGUCGGAAACUCGGUCCUGAUUCUCCUGAUCUGGGCGGACGUCCGGCUCCACACCCCCAUGUACUUCCUGCUCAGCCAGCUCUCCCUCAUGGACGUCACCUUGAUAUCCACCACCGUCCCCAAGUUGGCCGCCAACUUUUCCUCGGGGACAAAGGCCAUCUCAGGAGCGGGCUGUGGAGCGCAGAUCUUCUUCUCCCUGACCGUGGGAGGAGCCGAGUGCCUCCUCCUGACCCUCAUGUCCUACGACCGCUACGUGGCCGUCUGUCACCCCCUGCGUUACCAGGUCCUCAUGAGCAAUCGUGUCUGCCUGCGGAUGAUCCUCGUAUCCUGGACGGGGGGCAUUAUGAAUGCCCUGGUCCUAACCGUUUCCGCUAUGCAAGUCCCACUGUGUCAGCCCAGGGUUCUCCACCAUUUUUUCUGCGAGAUCCCCGUCAUCCUGAAGCUCUCCUGCAAAAAUACGGCAGCCUACGAGCUGGCUCUCUUCGUCCUGGGCAUCGUGUUUAUGCUCAUCCCUUUCUCGCUCAUCGUGGCCUCCUAUACCCUCAUCUUCCUCUCCAUUCUGCGCAUGGACUCCCGGGAGGGGCGGAAGAAAGCCCUGGCCACCUGUUCCUCUCACCUCACCGUGGUCACCCUCUACUUAGGUCCCACCAUGUUCAUCUACAUGAGGCCGAAUGCCUUCCACAGACCCGAGCAGAACCAGGCUCCCGCCGUGUUCCCCACGAUCUUCACCCCAGCUCUGAACCCCCUCAUCUACAGCCUGAGGAACAAGGAGGUUUGGGGGGCUAUGACCAAAGUAUUUUUAAGAUGGUCUGAAUCAGGGUAAAAUAGAAAUAUUUUGCGGUUAUCACAGAGUUGGCCUAGGGACCAG